AUGUGGCAUCCCGCCUUAAUAUCAACACUUCUAAAACUUGAUUUUCCCUUACCCCUGCUUCACUGUGUUGUUCUAUGGCUGAAAGGAAGGACAAUGUCUAUACAUGUCGGAGAAGCUAUCUCACGUUCAAUUAACAUCUAUAUUGGUGCUCCUCAAGGAUCGGUCUUAGCUGCUACACUUUUUCGCCUACAUGUUCAUUUUCUCCCCAAUGUUUUCAUGAAUCUAACGUGCCAUCUUUUUGCUGACGACCUUGCAAUUGUGAUACCCGGAUCACUUGAAAAGAAAUUUUCAACAAAUAUUGAUUUACUCGAAAAGCAAGCGGAAAUUGCAAUGUCUAUUUUAGAAGGCUUUGCUAACAAUAAUUUACUACCUGUAAAUAUCAAUAAAACAAAAGCUUUGCUCGUUCACGACAUCGUAGCACCACCAUAUACUAAAAUAAAAUAUAAAGGUGUUAAAAUUGAUUUUGUUAAACGAUUCAAAUACUUAGGUGUUGAUAUAACAACAAAACUCGGUUGGGGAAUUUAUAUUCAAAAUCGGUUAAAGAUCAGCACAACACUCAAAAAACGACCUGUUCGAGUUUUUAAAUAA